AUGGGUUGGCUCUGGGCAUCCUCGUCUGCGCCCAAGCCACUACAUCCCGUGCGUGAUCAUGGCCCUUCCACCAUAUCCUCAAAUCCUCCUCUUACGGCGCAAACCGCCACACCCAGCGAGCCCAUCGACCCUGAGAUGCAGAAGUUCUUGGAUCUCUUCAAAUCAGAUGACCCGACCGCAUCUUCCACGAGAAAGACUACCUCACAAUCGCAGCGGCCAGAUGGAUCCGAGUCAAAAUCGUUCCUGCCCUCCUGGAUCUCCCUCAAGACAUCACCGACGUCAACCGCUACGACCGAGUCUCCGGAGGCCCCGGUUGGUGACGCCCUCUCCGAGUUCCUCCUCCCCACCGACAUGUCCUGCCGUCAGGCCUUCGACCUCGCCUGGUCCUGCAACGGUCUCGGCGGUCAGUUCAACGCCGUCUACCGGUACGGCGAGAUGCGCUCUUGUUCCGAGCAGUGGGACGACUUCUGGUUCUGCAUGCGCUCGAAAUCUUACACGGGUGAGAUGAAAAGUAACAUGAUCCGCGCCCACUACCGCAAUAAAGCAUACCGCAAAUACGGAAAUGGCAAGCCCAGCAGCGAGGAUGUAUGGGAGGGGAGGACCGAAAGGGUCCCCCCAGGCACCGUCUUUACAGAGCCCGUUGCGGCGCCGACCAUGAGCGAUGACGAGUGGCGACAGAAGGAGGCGGAGAGACGGGGGAAAAUCCGCGAGGGACUGGAGGAUGACACGACAACUUGA